GAUACAAAAUUUUACAAAAAAAGGAAGCCUUUUAUAAAUGAUAUAAAAAAUAGGAAAAUUUAAAGAAAAAUAAAUAUAAUUUUAUGCCGCAGAAUUACUUUUAGCGAUACAAUAUUUGCAUGAAUAAAAUAUAAUUCAUAAUGAUAUAAAACCUGAUAAUAUUUUAAUAAGUGAAACUGGCCAUAUAGUACUAACGGAUUUCGGAAUUUCUUAUUAAAUUAAUAAUUAAGAAAAUAAAAUAUUAUAAUAAAAUGAUUAAUUUAUAGGAACAUUAUAAUAUACAGCUCCUGAAGUUUUAUAAAAUUAUCGACAUUCAAAAUCAUCUGAUUAUUGGAGCUAUGGAAUCAUAAUAUUUAUGAUGGUUACAGGUUAUCAUCCUUUUGCUGAUGCAGAAAAUAUUAAUGAAUAUACUGUUAAAAAUAUUACUUAAGGAGACCCAUUUUAAAAUUGUGUUGCUAAUAUACCUCCAAGAUUAAAUACUUUAUUAUAAGGACUAUUAGAAAAAGAUCCAAAUUAUAGAUUAGGAACAUAAAAUAUUAAUUAGAUUAAAAAUCAUUGUUUUUUUAAUGAGAUUGAUUGGAACUUACUAUAAAUUUAAAAAAUAAAAUCUCCUUUUAUCCCAAAAAUAAAUGAUAAUACAAAUGAUGAUUGA